GAUGGUUUACACUGUCCAAAAAUGAAAUAAGAGGUUGCUCUCAUGCGAGAGGAUCUCUUUGCCAGUUGAGCACCUCCGCGUCCAACAUCCUGCAUUGAUUUGCUUGCAGUUGAGCACCUCCGCGUCCAACUAGAGAGAGAGAGAGAGAGAGAGAGAAGAGCGAUCAAAGUCGAACAAUACAGGCGUCAGACCGAAUACUCUGUUCUGUUUCUUCUGCUGCUGCCGCUGCUCUGCGCCGCUGUUGCCACUGCGCCUGCGGCCCCCGCCGUCCCCACUUCUUCGCCCCCGUAAGGCAGCGACACCUGUUCGCCUGUCACAGCAGCUCUCGCUGUUCCUCUCCCCUGCCACCACCUUCUCUCUCUCUCUCUCUCUCUCUCUUGGUUUUUCUGAAACUUUAAUCCAAGGAAAGAUGCUUAUGGCAAUGGCAAAGCCUCCUCCUCCUCCUCUCUCUCUAGUCCCCAUAACGAAAGAGGGAAAUCAGGAUUAAUAGCAGUAGGAAGCACCAAUCGACAGGAGAACUUGGAGAGACAGCGCAACAGAGGAUCUUUCUCACACCUGUUCUGUUGUAGCAUUGGAAGAAGCGUGAAGGAGAAGUCUAUCCGUUCAUUCUCUCACCUUCUCUUUCUCUUUCUGUCGUCGUGGUUUCACCUAUAAAGCUCGCGUCAGUCGUCUCUCGUUCUAAAGGUUUCAUCUUUACCUUUUACUUCUCCCUUUGAGAUCGACAGGGUAGCAGAGACGACGACUUAAGGAGCAGGAAUGGAGUUCGAUCUCGAGAACCAGAUGUCGAGCUCUGACGACGAGCAGCAACCUCGGUGGGGCUCCAUCUCGGCGCUCUUCGCCGCCGAGGCCGACCACAUCAUCUCUACCGUCGGCGCUAUUGAUCCCUCCGCCCGGCGAAACGCCGUCUCUCUGGUCCUUCAGGCGCAGUUCAAUUGCAAUCUGGACCCCUUCGUCGCUUGCCUUGCAAUCAACUACAUUGAUCGGUACCUUACCAAGCGCGAAAUCCCGAUAGAGAAGCCGUGGAUCGUUCGUCUCCUCUCCAUCUCCUGCCUAUCCCUCGCGUCCAAGAUGAAGAAAACCUGCAAACCUCUAGCGGAUUUCCUGAGAGAGGAAUAUUUUGUGUUCGACGCCCAAACGAUCCGGAGAAUGGAGCUUCUGGUGCUCGAAGCACUGGAUUGGCGGAUGCGAUCGAUCACCCCCUUCUCCUUUCUCCGGUUCUUCACUUCCUUCUUCUCACCCGCCCAACCCCCUCUCCUCCAAGCACUCCAAGUCCACGCGACCGAGAUCCUUCUCAAAACCCAAAACGAGAUGAAGGUGCUGGAGUUCAAACCUUCAGUGGUGGCCGCCUCCACUCUCCUCUCCGCCGCCUUCGAGUUCUUCCCCGUCCAAUUUCCAGCCUUCCGUUCCGCCCUCGCCUCCUGCGAAUUCGUAAACGAAGAGGAGCUGCGGGAAUGCAGCAGCGCUAUGGGAAUCGCGACGGGCGGCUGCGGUGGUUCGGCAGCGACGGCGCUGGUGUCGAGUUCCAACACGCCGCCGACCGUCCUCGGCCGCGUCUGCUCGAGCUCGGUGAUCGAGCCUUUCACCAUCGGAUCCGCAUCGGACGACCGCGAGCUCACGCAGCGCCGGAUCGCCUACCACGACGGACAAAUAGACAAGUAACGAGGCCUCCUCCGAAAAGGAAACAAAUAAUGAUUGUUUUUGAGCGAAUUCUUUUGUGGAGUCGAUGCCGUGAAUUGAAGAAGGACGCACAGAUCUUUUUGA